AUGGCAAAUUUCAAUGGUGAAGCAUGUGUUAAUUUAAGUGAUGACGAAGAGUGUAGUUUUGAUGACAUUGAUAUUUGUAAAGAUAAUGAUAUUGAAAAUUUUGAAGAAGAGAAUGAAGAUAUUUCUAAUGAUAGUGAAAGUGAAAUUGAUAAAGUAGAAAAUGUAGGUUUAAGUGGAUUUGAUUACAAAAGUUAUAUUAAUUUAACAGCAGAGGAGAUUUUGGAGAUGGAGUUCUGUAGUGAACAUGAUGCUUAUAAAUUCUAUUUUGGUUAUGCAAAGUAUCAUGGUUUUGGUGUUAGAAAAGAUGAAGUUGGUUAUGACAAAAAUCACAAUAUUGUAAUGCGUCAAUUUUUGUGCAACAAGGCGGACGAAACAAUUGAAACAUACAAGUGGGUGUUAGAAACAUUUUUGGAUGCAAUGUGCAACAAAGAACCGAAGUCCAUUGUGACAGAUGGUGAUGGAGCAAUGUGGGAGGCAAUAAAACAGGAGUUAGUUGUUAAGCAUGAGGUUCAAGAUAACAAUUGGGUUAAUGAAGUUUAUAGGAAGAGGGGCAUGUGGGCUCAUGCAUAUCUUCGUGAUAAAUUUUUUGCAGGAAUAAGGACAACGUCAUUAUGUGAAGGGAUUAAUUCUUGUAUCAAAACCUAUAUAAGGAGGAAAAAUACAAUUGUUGAGUUGUUGUAUAAUUUUGAGCACUCCUUAAGGGAUUUUAGGUACAAUGAACUAGUUUCUGAUUAUAAUUCAUUAUAUACUGAGCCUGUUCUGACAUCCUCUCUUCGAAAAAUUGAGCGACAGGCUGCUAAUUUAUUCACAAGAAAUAUUUUUAAACAAGUGGCAUCAGAAAUUAUAACUGCUGGAUCUUUGAAUGUGACAAACAAAUUUGAAGUUGAGGAUAAAGUUUGUUUUAAGGUGGACAAAUUUUGUGAGCGUGACUGGGAACAUAAUGUUGGAUAUGAUAAAGAAGAAGGUAAAUUUGUUUGUGAUUGCAUGAUGUAUGAGUUUUGUGGCAUUCCAUGCUCGCACAUAAUAUGUGUCAUGCGAUAUGAACACAUGGAGUGUUUUCCAAGUAGUUUGAUUUGCAAGAGAUGGUUGAAGGAUGCUAAAAGUUCAUAUAUGUCAUCUUUUGAGUCAGAAGUUGAAGAUACUGAUAUGAUGGUUAUGGCUCGUUUUGCAUUAUUGGCUGCAUGUUGUAACAGUCUGUGCAGUAUUGCAGCAAAAAAAUGUGAUAGUUUCAAUUUUGUUAGAAAUGAAGUCCUCAAGUUAAAAGAACAACUUGAUAAGAAGUUGCAAUUAAAUGAAAAUAUUGAAAAAAAUGAUAGUUGUGAUCCAAAUGUGGUUAAGACAAAAGGUGCUCCAGUAACAAAAAAGAAGAAAAAGAAUAGUAGAAAAUGUUCUAACUGCAAGAAAUCUGGUCACUUUAUAACAUGCCCUGCUGUUGUUUCUCAGCAGCAUGAUGGUAAACAACCAAUGGUGAAGGCUUGUGAGGUUAAGAAUGAUAACAAUUGUGAGGUUAAUAGUUUGAAUGAAUUCCCACAACAGGAAAUUUUGUCAAUGCCUAAUCCAAUGGACACGCAAGACAAUAUAUAA